GGCAACCAUGAGCUCCUCGGAAGACGAUACCCCACUUGUCCAGGCAAAUGGUCGCCGUAUCAGUGAGUGUUACUUCCUCUCUUUGCUCUCACCUGACCCUUUCCCGCCUCUCUUUUACGCCUCAGUUACCCUUCACUUCCCUUUGUUUGGGGUCAAAUUUGCGACUCAAUCCCCUCUUUUUGCGCAUCGAUAUCUAUAAAUCCUCGUGAAUGCGAUAAGUCUUACACUUCCUCUUGUUGUUUUCAAGGUUCCCACACGGACUCGAAAAUGCGCGACGCGACGGAAACAAAUGGCCAUGUUGACCCAGGCGUAUCCAUCCGCUUUGGUCCCGUUCAGGCCGAAAAUGAUAUUGACAUGGCGGAUGCCGACGCUGCCGCCGUUCCCAAGCGGAAGUCGCGCUCAAGCGUCGGUCAGAGAAAGUCUUACGCCGAACCUGAGAGCAGUGAGGAGGAUGAUCAACCCUUGAGCAAGCGACGCCGCACUUCCGUGAAGCACGAGGACCCCGAAACGGACGAUGAUGUACCUUUGGCGCUCAAUGGAAGAAAGCUUCCCAAGGCGUCGGAAACGGCUAUAGGCGAAGAAUUUGAUUCCGACGUGCCCAUCGAAAGAAAACUCGCCUCUCAGAAGAAGAAGAUCCAGCAGAAGGCAGAGAAGGAUGCGAAAGUGACCCGCAAGCCAGCUCCUCCAAAGACUACGAAGACCGCAGCAGCCAAGAGGCAGACCAAUGGCGUGAAAAAAGAGCCCGAGGAUGUGAAGCCUUCGACCGUCAAGAAGACGGCCAAGCCGACCAAGGCCAGUGACAAGGCUGCAUUGUCCUCGCAGGUGAAGCGGGCUGCCUCUAGCGCCAAGUCGACCCCCGUCAAAAAGGAAGAGAGCGAGGAGGCUGAAGACGCCGAUGAAGAAGAGUACAGAUGGUGGGAAGACCCGACCAAGGGUGAUGGUACGAUUAAGUGGACGACACUCGAACACAACGGCGUGGUUUUCCCUCCUCCGUACGAGCCACUCCCCAAGAACGUCAAGAUGAAGUAUGAUGGCAUCCCUGUCACUCUCCAUCCUGAUGCUGAAGAGGUGGCCGGCUUCUUCGGCGGCAUGCUCAAUGCGACUCAGCAUGUUGAGAAUCCCACUUUCCAGAAGAACUUCUUCAUGGAUUUCCGCGAUAUUCUCAAGAAGACCGGUGGCGCAAAGGAUCCCAAGGGCAAUAAAGUGGACAUUAAGGACUUUCACAAAUGCGACUUCCAGCCGAUCUUUGCCUACUACGACAAUCAACGUCAAGAGAAGAAGGCUUUGCCUCCGGCUGAGAAGAAGCGUCUGAAGGCUGAGAAGGACGCUCAAGAGGCCCCUUACAUGUUCUGUAUGUGGGACGGACGGAAGCAGAAAGUGGGCAACUUCCGAGUGGAACCGCCUGCUCUCUUCCGUGGACGUGGUGAGCACCCCAAAACUGGCCGCGUGAAGUCUCGCGUUCAGCCGGAGCAAAUCACCAUCAACAUCGGCAAGGAUGCGCCUGUCCCGCCUCCUCCGGAGGGCCACAAGUGGAAAGAGGUCAAACAUGAUCAAGAAGGCACAUGGCUUGCCAUGUGGCAGGAAAACAUUAACGGCAACUACAAGUAUGUCAUGCUCGCGGCCAACUCUGACGUCAAGGGCCAGAGUGAUUACAAGAAAUUCGAGAAGGCUCGUGAAUUGAAGCAUCACAUUGGUCGAAUCCGCAAGGAUUACCAGAAGAACCUCAAGCACGAGCUGAUGGUCGAACGGCAAAAGGCCACGGCAGUGUACCUUAUUGACCAGUUUGCUCUUCGUGCUGGUAACGAGAAGGGUGAAGACGAAGCUGAGACUGUGGGGUGCUGCUCGCUCAAAUACGAGAACGUCACUCUCAAGCCUCCAAACAAGGUCGUCUUUGAUUUCUUGGGUAAGGACAGUAUUCGCUUCUAUGAUGAGGUCGAGGUCGACGCGCAGGUCUUCAAGAACCUCAAGAUCUUCAAGAAAGCACCCAAGAAGGAGGGCGACGAAAUCUUCGAUCGACUGACUACUUCCGCCCUCAACAAGCACUUGUCGGCCUACAUGCAAGGUCUGACGGCAAAGGUGUUCCGUACCUACAACGCUUCCCACACUAUGUCUACGCUGUUGAAGGACAUGAAGGCGACGGGUAACAUUGCAGAGAAGGUGAAAGCGUACAAUGACGCCAAUCGCAAGGUCGCCAUUCUCUGUAACCAUAAGCGAACUGUGGCUGCAUCCCAUGCCAAUCAGAUGGAAAAGAUGAGUGAAAGGAUCAAGGGACUACGGUACCAAAGAUGGCGUCUAAAGCAACAGAUGCUCGAUCUCGAGCCUAGCUUGAAGAAGAAGAAGGGCGCCAAGUACUUCGAGAUGGACGAAGAUAUGGACCUCGAAUGGGUGAAGGAGCACCAGGCCUUCCUUGUGGAAGAGCAGCGCCAGAAAAUCCAGAAGAAGUUCGAAAAGGACAAUGAAAAGCUUGCUGCAGAAGGCGAGAAGGAAAUGAAGGCCACUGAGCUGGAGAGCCGUCUCCAGGCAGCGAAGGAUCUGGAGAAAAAGUUCAACAAGGAGAACAAAACCGGAAAGGUGGAAGCCGAAGGCAAGGCCCCGACUGUCGAUAAGAUUGAGGCCGCGAUCACCAAGCUCGAGCAGCGCAUUGAGACGAUGGAGCUUCAAGCUCAGGAUAAGGAAGAGAAUAAGGAGGUCGCUCUGGGAACCUCGAAGAUUAACUACAUCGACCCUCGUCUUACUGUGGUUUUCAGCAAGAAGUUUGAUGUUCCUAUCGAGAAGUUCUUCUCCAAGUCCCUCCGGGAGAAGUUCGAAUGGGCCAUCAAGUCGGUCGACGAGGAUUGGGAAUUUUAAGAUUCCCUCGACCGCGUCGCAACUAACUUCGACAAUCUUUCCCGCUCGAUCCAUUGAUCUUGACUCCGGAUGCAGAGUGUUUCCUUGAUUUAUUUUCCUCUAUUAUAUUCUUCGGCUACAUCGGUGGUGAAACGGAUUGUCUUACGCAUAAUGCAUUUUGGAGCCUUAUAUUAUUGUUCUUUCUCCUAGUUCUCCCUCUUUUUCUUUGCUUGCCACAUCUAUCUCCCAAAAGCCACCCCUACCUUCUUGUCGCUGUACACUCCGCCUCAAUUUAUUGUCUCGAUUCAUUACGAUGAACAUGCAAGAGGGCCCAUACACAGCAUCACCAGUUUGCUCGCCACCUCUGGUCUUGGUUCUCGCUACGUCUUGGAAAUUUUCCCCCUCGUUUCAAGUUUUAGCCUCCCAUUGACCCUACAGAUGAAGAUAAGAAGAAUAAACGAAAAGAAAAGAGUUAUACACCCGGGAAACUCUAUACAUCUAUCAAUAUAUUAUCAAUAUAUACAGAUUUACACUUAAGGCAUUUAUUUGGAGACCAUAGUAGUAACAUGUAAUAACGAGUUUAGCCAAGAUGAACGACCAGAUAUG